AUGUUUGAGCUGGAUGAAAUCAUCACAGAGAAACAGUCUGAUGAGUUCAACAUAUAUAAAGACUCAGUUGAAGAUAUCAGUGAGAUGUCAGACAAUGCAGAGAGCUCAAUGAGUGAGAAGACUUGCAUGAGACUAGAAAUUACAAGACUUCAGCAUGAGGUUGAGCAGAUGAAGAUCAGUAGAGAUGACUCUGCAGAUGAUGAGAUAAGAGCAGAUCUGACAGAAUAUCUUCAAUGA